ACUGAGGCUAAACAAAUACAGAUGAACCUUAGAGCACAUUCACAAAAAAUACUGGCAAUUUUGGAUGGUUCAGAAGACGCUCUGAAUCCACGGGAGCAACACGCGCCUGCACAUGCGGUCUAUUCUUGUUGUUAUAUAUAGGCCUGUAAGCUUGUUGAUGCAUAUCUAUCAUUACAAUCAGAGUGCUGCAUUGCAAAGGGACCUGUCCGACUAUGUUAUAUUGAUUAAAUUACAAUAGAAUAUUAUUAUUGUACUGUUGCGCAAUAUUGCUACCUACAUAUUUUGUUUAUAAGGCAGUGGCACUGUUGGUUUUCAAUUGUGCAUAGUGCGUAUUUGUGUUGAAAUGAGGAAUCCACAUCUACUCAGCGAUGGCUGGAAAAUAAUCAACGCAAAGGAUGCAACUGGGAAUAAAAAGUUUAAACGAAAAGGUCGGGACCCAAAACGUGUCAGCAGUGAAGAAGUCCAAAGUUACGAGCAUGAUUUAAGAAUGGAAGACGACUCUAUGGGGGAACUGAUGGAAGAGACAUGUAGAAACCGUGUCCAAAAAAGACUGCAGGACCCUGGUACAGUUUUAUCUGUGGAGAAAUCGAUAAUUUCAACUGAAAACCCGAAUAUUGCAAUUGACAUGAGGAUAAAUGCUUUUCCAUCUACAGUUACUGGGACGCUCCCAUCACAGUUGCAGCCUUUAUCCGAGUCAACAUCAACAAGCAGAGACUCUUUUCACAGCACAUUCCCACAGGUUACAAGUUACGACCAUCAACAGUCAUUUGUGUCUGAUCACACAUUACAGUCCCAGAUCGUCCUGUGCCAGCGCUCCGAGAGGUCCCUCUCCUCAGCUUCUCAGGCGUCCUACAUCAAUAGCAGCGACCUGAUGGAAUCGCCAAGGAAACGGCUGGGGGAAACGUCUGGCAUCAUCACUGAGAUCAGAGCUGUUCAGCAGACACGGAGGCUACUGGCGAAUGCCAGAGAGAGGACCCGGGUGCAUACCAUCAGUGCAGCCUUUGAGGCGCUGAGAAAGCAGGUGCCCUGCUACUCCUAUGGACAGAAGUUGUCAAAGCUGGCUAUAUUAAGAAUCGCCUGCAACUACAUCCUGUCGCUGGCUCAGCUUGCAGACCUGGACUACACCCCAGAUAACGGCAACAUGAGCUUCAGAGAGUGUGUGGAGCAGUGCACCCGCACCCUGCAGGCCGAGGGACGCUCCAAGAAGAGAAAGGACUAAAAUCAGUGGAGUGAGCCAGACUUCAUAACAAGGCCCUUGAAAUAAAGAAACCCUUCACACCUCUUGAGGUUCUUCAAGGCCACUCCUGGGAGGGGACUACAAUCAGACACUUAGACAUAUGAUGGACCUAAUUUCAUAGGUCUACUUGAUACCUUUUGAGCUAGCAGACAUGACAAUUACAUUUUAGUCAUUUAGCAGAUGCUCUUAUCUUGAGCAACUUACGAUAGUGAUCGCAUACAAUUUUCAUACUUUUUUUCUGUACUGGUCCUGGGAAUUGAACCCACAACCUAAGUGCCAUGCUUAACCAACUGAGCCACACAGGACAAACUAAAGGCAGAGACAGCAGUGAUUAUAACAGUUCAUAACUGAAAUUAUAACAAUUGUAUUGAACUAUAAAUCCCAAUGCCUUUCAAUGAUGUACAAGUUGUUUUCUUGACAGUAUGAUUUGUAAUUCCUGGACGAUGGAAGCUAACUAUUGAAAGCGCUCAUAACAUAUAUUUGACUAGAACAUAACUUCAAAUAAUAUGACAUACAGUCUGCAACUGUUUUCAUGUGUUGAAGUAUGAAUGAAGUAAAAUGGGUUAUUCUCUGCUACCUGUGCUCAGUAUUUAACAACAUCCCAGAUUGAUACAUUUAAAAGUGACCUCCCUUUCCUUUUCAGCAUGACAAUUCUCUGACUGUUGUUCCGUGCUCAUCAAGCACUUUCUAACCAGAAAUAAAGAAACUGUUGUUCAUUUA